UUCCGACUAUAUCGACUGGUAAGCAUCAGGACUAUAAUUGUAAUAUCAUUUUGUCCAGCUUUCGUUGGACUGAUAUUGUGACUAUGUUAUCACUGUGUUAUGGAUAGAUAGUGAGCAAUAAUAGAGCGCGAUGAAGAUGUUGAAGUCUAUGCUGCCUUCGGGGCUGCCGCUCGGGAAUGCAAAAACAGGCCCCCGCCUUCAGGGCGGCCCAGAGCGCGACGCUGUCGAGAUGCAGCGCCUGCGAGCUUCCGUCAUCCCAGAGGAGGUGCGUCUCACCAGCACCGUGAGCCUCGUCAGGAAAGAACACGUCACCCUCGGCAUCGUCGUGGCGGGCGGCAUAGACAAAGGCUAUCGCCCACGCAUAGCUCGCCUGCGGACAGGAUCAGCGGCCCACCGCUGCGACAGACUUGCUGUCGGUGACUACAUCGUCGCCGUCAACGGUUGUGCCACCGAGGGCCUCACGCACCAACAAAUCGUGGCGCUCCUCAAAAACUCCGGCAACAACGUCGACAUCGACAUCGAGUACGAGACCCCAAGCCUGCCUGGACUUGGACCAGAGGGCGUACAGGUGCGCCGGACGGUCGUCAGUCUCCAGAAGGAGGCGGGGGGCGGGGUGGGCAUGACCGUGAGGGGGGGACUGCAGUCCUCUCACCCUGACAAGUCCACUCCUCUGCUCAUCACCCACGUCCGCACGGCCGGGCCUGUCGACAGGGAAGGCACCAUCAAGGCAGGGGACAGGCUGGUGGGGGUGAUGGGGCGCAGCGUGGGGCACAUCACACUCAGCGAGGCCCUGCAGGCCAUCAGAGAGGCCCCGGACCACCUCACACUCACCAUAGAGUACGACGUCUCAGUGCUGUCUGGGGUGCGGGGCAGGGGUGUGCCGCUGCUGGUCGAGGUCGAGCGGCCCUCCGCCGCAGACUUGGGCCUCACGCUGCACGCGGGGCCCCACAACACCAUCGUCGUCGGCACUGUCACCACCGCCAGCAUCGCUGAACGGUGUGGUGCGCUGGCAGUUGGUGACACCAUCACCCGCAUAGACGGCACUCCGCUGGACCAGCUGACGCCAGCUGAGGCCAACCAGCUGCUACGGUCAUCCCGGCUCCCGGUGGUGACCCUGGAGAUCAUGCCUGCACCACCUGCUACAGGUCCGGUGCCUCAUCCCCACAUCAUGGGGACGGUCAGCGCCAGGAGCACUCCACCCUCCAUCCCCUUCCCUCCAGCCGUCACUCCUCCAAACUCCAGCCCUCCAACUCCAUGUCAUUCAGCUCAUCUUCCUAUCAGUGAAACCUGCUGUAAAACCCAAACUUCUUACCCUAACUCGUCUGGUUUUUACUGUAACACAACGAAUAAUUAUUCUAAUAUGUCUAAUAAUUACCCUAACUCGGGAGAUAAUUACCCUAAAUCUUCUAGUAGUUACCCUGUUUCGAACAAUAAUUACCCUAACUCGUCUAAUAAUUUCCCUAGCUUAUCUAAUAAUUACCUCAACUCUAAUAAUUUAUAUUCCGAUGCCCUUACUUUGCACUCAAAUUAUGCCCAAAGUCCAACUAUCCCUUUUUCAUCUAAUUUCGCUAACACUUUCAACGCAAAUUGUGUAAAUCCGACCUGUUCCCUAGAUGCGACUUCGUACCCUCACGAUCCUAACGCCAUCAAAUGUAACUUUCUACCCUACAACGCUUCAAACUGUAACUUUUCUCCUUCUAACGCCUCUAUCUGCACCCAUUUCCCUUGUAACGUCGCCGGUUACCAGUUCCCGACAAAUCUUGUUACUAAUAACGAGUCUGAUCAGCCUGAGACUCGUUCAUCCCUCAAGAGCCGCAGCGACGCACAUCCUUCCGACGCCGGUGCUCACCGGCAACUGGCAGUCGGGGCCCCGCAGGAUUUAGGUAAAGGAGGUGCGUGCGAGUGCAGCAGCCUGACAAACAACAACACCAACAACAGCACGAACAACAACAGCAACUGCAAUAACAACAGCAACGGGUUCACCUUGACGCUGACGUCAUCAGACCCCGAGGGGGGCUACGGGCUGGUGCUGCGCCCCCCAUCAAAGGGUGAUGACAUCACCCAUCCCGUCAUCACAGCUAUCCUGGAGGAUUCCCCCGCUGGCCGGUGUGGAUUGCUACGCGUGGGUGACAUCCUGACGUCAGUUAACGGCGUGUGUACGUCGGGUGUGUCUGACGUCACCCACAUGCUGGCUGUCAGCCCCCAGACCGUCACUAUAACGGUCCGCUUCAAUGAGGACCGCAGCGCCCGUUAUGAGGGCGACAUGGUAACGGUCAGCCUGCCCGUUACUCAGCACGGCAUCGGAUUUAAUUUUUCAGACUCACCUGUGUGCGUGGGUGACUCAGACACCCAUGGGUUGGUGAUCACAUCGGUGGUGAGUGGGUCGGCGGCCCACCGCAGCGGGGUGAUCCGCUACGGUGACCUGCUGAUCUCCGUCGGUGAUCUGCGUGUGGCCGGCGACACCACGGCGCCGCAGGUCAACCGCAAGAUCGGCGAGAAAUGCGGCGGUGAUGCGGCGGUGGUGGCGGUGGUGAUGAGGCCUCCGAGUGAUGAUGGAGAUACCGUGCAGUACACGGUACAGGUGUCACGGGAAGGCGGUGCUCUGGGAGUCACACUCACGGGCAGCGAGGCGCCCACGGGCCCGCUCUACGUCGCGUCUUUGGUGCCCGGUGGACUGGCUGAGCGGACAGGAGCCAUCCAUGUAGGUGACCGCCUUCUGGCCAUCGAUGGCCACAGCUUGAGCGGCCAGCCGCUGAGCCGCGCAGUGCAGCUGCUCAUGGCCGCCGCUGAUGUGGUCACUCUGCGCAUCGCGCGACCAAAACACGCCCAUAACACGCCGAUAUUGCCUGCCGAUGAUUGGACUGCCAAUCCCCCGUCGGUUGACAGCGCGGUUGCGUCCUGGUGUGGUAGCAGCGGGGGGUUGGAACACCCCCCCUCAACCCCUGCAGUCUCACCCUCCCCGCCCACCAAGCAUACGCCGGAGGGAAGUCCUAGGACUUUAUCAAGUCCCAGAAGUGUGGGCGAGAUGGACAAGCGAAGUCCGUCUCAAGUUGUGCGCCCGGGGCCUGAGUCUUCAACCGACGAGCACGACGGAUCAGAAGUUCCGGUUUCCGCUCCCGCGACACCGCCGACGUCCGACCAAGUGACCGGCGGUUCUAAACUUGGACGGAAUAGUGACGGAGAAGUUCGGUUAUCGCGGCGUCCGGCGUUCCGAAGUGACGGUGAAUUUCAUGAUGAAAACCGGGACGUGGAGUCCGAUGACCAGCAAACUAUGACUUCGGUUGACCCUCAAACUAUGCGAUCGGUUGACCACCAAACUGGGCGAUCGGUUGAUCACCAAACUGGGAUUUUAGUUGACCAGAAAACUGUGACGUCUAAUGUAAAAAAAUGUACCAGUUUAAGUAGCCAAAAUAGCGUCAAGGUUAUUCCAACAUGUGAAAAAAUUGAACGCGGUGACUUACGUAAUCAUACGUGCGCUACAGGAUGCGAAACACCCGGGAUAACAGACCGUAAUAUAUACGAAGAAUUAAAUAAAUUGACAAGCGGGCUAUUGCCUAGCCCUUCGGUUAAACGAAGAAUAGAUCAUAAAAACACGAGCAUGAACAAAGCUGCAUCCUCGCCUGGAUCAGCCACCACAUCGAGUGCUUCCGGAGUUACAGGGCUUGCAGCGGGCAGCAGCAGCACUCCGGACUGGGACGAAAUGAUAGCUGCGUUGAACGAGAUCAGUGCCACUUGUGGGGUGGUCGCUCGACAAUCUGCCAAACACCAACACCAGAUGCCACACCCACACAAACCCCCACACCAAACCACAAACCAACAAACUCAACAACUCCAACAUCCACUCCAACACUCGAACCAACAUCCCAAUCAACAACCAUAUCAGUACCCAAAGCAACAACCACUAUCGGAUCCAAACAAAAAACAGCUACGCAACACUCUACAAGAAGAGCAGCAACUGCAGGGGGCUUAUCUACCACAACAACAACAACAACAACGAGACGGACCGGCGGAGGCGACGCAGCAGGUGCUACAGGUGUGCCUCAAGAAGGACCUCGUGUAUGAGGACUUCGGCUUCAGCGUCUCCGACGGCCUCUACGAGAAGGGCGUCUACGUCAACAGGAUACGCAAGGGCGGCCCCGCCGACCGCUCGGGCUGCGUCAAGCCCUACGACAGAAUCCUACAGGUUAACGGCACACUAAGCCAUGAUUUUGACUGCUGUCUCACGGUGCCCAUGAUCGCCUCAGCCGGCGACGAACUUCACUUGUUGCUUUCGCGGAACCUCAACGAGGAACUAACCCCUCUCUUGCGACAAACCCCUGAUAUAUGCACGUUGAACCCCUUCAUGGAAUUCCCCACGCUUCCCUCACAUCAACAACACCAGCAAUGCCAGAACCACUAUGCUAGUGAGAACGUCCAUGAGUUCGGAGGUUCGUCCAGUGCUAGACUACAAGCUGAUCGUGCUGAAUUUCUGAACACGCAGCUAUACUGCAAUUCGAGCCCAUACCUUCGCAAAGCAGAAAUUGCCAGUAGAAAAGAGAGUCAAAUUACACAAGUGCCAGGCAGCCCCACUUGCCAUAGAGGAUCUCCUAAAUUUCCGAUUUGGUCUAAGCAGCCCUCGGCUAGUGACCCCGGAGAGAAAAGUUGCCACGAAGACAAAAGCGACCCCAUCACUUCCAUUACAGCGCCCCAAAUGCACCAGCCAACCCCUCCAUCAAUAACCGAGCUGGAAAACCAAUUAAAGUCUUUAAGUAACUCAAGUCGUCCUCAUUUACUGCAGUGGGCGGAUGAGACUUUAACCCUCCCGGCCCACUUUAGGUCGGGCUCCAACCCACUACAGCAGACCAAAUCCAACUUCAAAGCCCCACUCACUCCUCAGCCAGGCAGACAAUGCCGCGGAAAUGAUCGUGGCUGUCGUGCAAAUGGCCCUCCUGUCGACAAUAACGUUGAACCUGUUUACGCGCUCCACACAAAUGCUCCUGCAACUUCCUUUGUUGCUGAAAACUCGAACACAACUCAGCUUUGUCAGCCCGCGGCUUGUGUUUCUUCCCACGUUUCCUCCUCAGUUAAAUCCGAGUCUUCAACUCGGACACGAAACUGUUUGACUGAUGCAUGCGCGUCCAGCCUCUCUCGGUCCCACCUGACUUAUGCUGUCCCAGGUUCUCCUGUCAUUUCACGGAUAUCUGCUUCUCCUCUGAUGGGUUCCAGCGGCGGUUUAUCUUCGGCCGAGCCUCACACCGCCGGCCUUUACGUUAGUAAAGCAACGGUGCAAUUUCAGGUCCCGGUUUCGACCGCGAACAAUUCUCGCGGGAAAGCCGCUGAUUCUGACCUGGCGUGCCAUAAGUUAGACAACUCUAGGGCUGUUUCGAGGACCUCCUAAUUCCAGUGAGCGCUCAUCAGAGCUCAAAACAUUUCUCCGAUUUGAGUGCUUAGGAUCCGAACAGCAAACGAUAACAAUAUUUAUAAUAUUAAUGUGAGGAAUUAUUGUUUAUACGACGCGUGUGUGUAUCUUAAUACCUAUGACGUAAGAUCGCUCAGGGAUGUAUGAUAAGCUUGAACGAAAGUAUAUUAUGCUAUGCCUAACAAAGAUUUAUUAAUUAAUUAAGAAAUAUAAAUCUAUGAGAAUUUACACGAUAUAAAAUAUAUUGUGUAUUACGUUGCCCGAAGAAAUAAAAAGUACUGCACAUUAGUGAAUAAGUCUUUCCGCUACUAACCGCAUAUGAUGCUAGUAAUUCAGUGAAAUAUGUAGAAUAGUAUUCUUAUAAUUGUUCUCAUUCUUAUCAUAAAUAUCUAUGUUUCCAUUUACUUAUCUAUUUAUUCAGUUUCAUGUACAGUGUAUACACCAAACAAUGGUAAAGAAACUGGUCGCGAAACUCCAACGCUAACAAACUUUCCGUAAAAUGUACAGGAAAAUGACGUAAAAUAAGCGACGUGGGGAACAAACUAAGCGAAACCUUCGCACUGCUUCCGUAGACUUGAACUGCAAUAAUUAAAACGUGUUCGUUACUGAUAAAUUCAGUGGUGAUUUCUGCCACGCAGUGUCCACACACACACAUACACAUGCUAGUUCGCAGAUGAUGUAUGUUUAUACAUGAAUGAUGUUUGUUCGUAUGACGUCUAUUUACACAUGAAUGAAGUUAGUUUGUAUGACGUCUGUUUACACAUGAAUGAUGUUUGUUUGUAUGACGUCUGUUCACACAUGAAUGAUGUUAGUCCAUAUUAUUUUCAUUUAUGCAAAAAAUUAAUUCUGUUAAAAUAUAUCUGUACAUAUUAACACGCAUGAGGUGCGUCGUAUGAAUUAAAUUAAAGGACCCGCCGUGUUUAUUUAAUAAA